GCGCUGCAUGUUGUCAGCUACGAUUUGGAUUGACUUGUCUCCGUGUAUGUGGUCAAGCCAGUCAAGUUUCUUGGCGGAAACUUCUUUGCGUUUCUUUGGUCCGCUUUGGUCCAUGCUUACCGCUCCGCUUUUAUUCGCAUUUUAUUUUGGUGAACUAUUUGAUUGUAUAACGUUUUAACGUAGUUGUGAAAGAGGACAACUUUUUAAGGUUACCAAUGUGCCCGGCGAACUCGUUUAGCCCCGGCUGAACGCAAACUAGCAUGCGUGCGUGUUGUUCAUCACACGUCUUCCGUAUGAUUGUUGCGUCGUUUUGAUGGCGCUAGUACGCUGCUAUUCAUAUCGUUUAUGUUAAUCCUGUGCGCUGCUGUACCUGCGUCAUCCGUGCCUGCUAGACAAUCGUACCGAUUUCUGCGAUCAUGAACUUUGCCAGCUCACCGGUUUCUUGAAAGCAAAACCAAGCCCGAGACUGUGACAUGACUUUCGUGUUCCUACCUUCGUUACCUCCUCGAUAAUGUGGUUCAAGUGUUUAUAUUACGGGCACAAACAAGAAAGUGGUGCUGUUGUACAGCUUCCGGCUUUUCUCACAUUGCUGGUGCUGUGGGCUCAUUCAUCAUCAUGCGAGCCAACUGUCUUCCGUGAAAAGGUGACCGGUGCCGUUGGCGCCGGCAAUUACAGCUAUUACACCCUUUCGAAGCCUGGUGCAGUCACCAUAUUGGUUCACCCAUUGGCUGGAGAUCCUGACCUGUAUGUGGCAGAGCGAAAUGCACAGCCGACCUUUGACCUGGACAGUCAUUGCGCCCAGUCGACAACAUGUGGCCACGAGCGCAUAGACCUGCCACGUAGCUUUGGACGACCUGUGGGCAUUGGCAUCUACGGCCAUCCAUCGCACGACCUGAGCCUCUAUGAGCUUGAAGUUCGAGUGGACGACUCGACAGAGAACCUGCUCUUCCACGACUACGGUUAUGCCGCAUCACAGCAGCCUGGCAGCCGUCAUCAGGACAGCCCCACAGUACCAGGCGACGAGGUCACUGAUGACAUGGGCCCAUCAGAAGAGAUAUCCCUUUUGUGGACUUUUCUGCUUGGUGUGCUGAAGUUGCUUCUAGAGAUUCUGCAGGGCUGAAGGCUUCAUCGGCUGCUGCUGCACCAUAUCACUUUGCUGUGCAUAGCGAGGGAAGUGCAACUUUGUGCAUAAUAUUUUGCACCUAAUUCUUUCUGCUACAUGACACUCCAGUGCCAAUUUGACCAGCUGUGUAGUGUUGAGCAGUGUUGAAAAGUUGCACGUAUUUGGCAAGUAAGAGCUUUACAACAAUGUCAAAUUUUGAUACGAUGAGGCUCGUGUUCUGAUUAAAGGACGACCGAAGAGGGUUCGAGAGUUUCAAGAAGUGCCGUUUUUGACCAGCAUGUAAUCAAAAGCUGGUCAAAGUUGCAAUAUUGCCUGCGUCACCCAGAGGCUUCAUAGCUUCAGCCAUUGCUGUGCCAUUCACCUGACUCCACACUAGUAAUUUUUCUGUUGUUUGGUUUGCCCUUUGAAGCUGUCACAUAGUUGAUGUAGUGCCUCUUUAUAGUGAUCCAACUACUGCUACUAUUGCUUGAUUUAUCUCAUGCACUAUAAGAAGGUCAGCUACAGUUAGUAGUUAGCUAGCUAUGGCAGUUUCGUUCAUACAAUGUGUUAAAGAAGAAAGAAAAGUGGUUUACAUGCUUUCUUGAAGCAUCUAGGUGCGACAUAGCCACGAAUCAUGGUGUGCCUCGCCUAAGCAUGAAUAUGAAGCCGCACAUGCCUGACACACACUUUUGUGCGCAAAAGUUCCGCUGGUUGAUGGGAUGCUCCUUUAGUAUGCAUUGUGCCAAAUACUAAUUAAGUAUGGCAUCAUAGCUGCUUCUCUGCUUUGCUUUAGAGACAAUGGCCAGCCAUAGCAUUCUGCUUGGAGUUUGCAUGUAAAAUAUGACAUGGGUGGACAAACAUUUUGGUGCAGUGCGUGAACAUGGUCCUUGAUACUCCAUUUAAUGAUGUUUGACUAGUUUUACAUUGUGAUAAGCUCCACGACUGCGACACUGCUCAAUUAGCAUAUUGCAGAACAGUUUAAACAACACAGUCUUUCAGUAUAGAACCAAGUCCAGCCCUGGUGUGUAGCAACUGUAGAUAUGCAGCCUAGAAGCCUAAUUUGAUCACAUGCUCAGCGGCUUGCCAUCAGUAGGCCACACACACCAAACUGUUAUUGGGCCACGCUGAACCCUGCCACCUAACAAACUGCUGAAGAUUGGCUAAGAAGUCAUUUGGCAAUGUUUAUAGUGGCUCGAAUAGUAUAUACUGUAGUUGUCAUGAACGAAAGAAUCGGUUGUGAGUUGCCAGAAGAGGCUGCAUGGAGAUUUCUUAAGCAUUUUACAAUGUGGUGCAUCAUGGAGUGUGGCUGGUAAGCGUCAUCAGACUUUGUAUGGUGAUACUGCCGUGGUAUGUUUGUACGCACUAUACCUUGCACAGGAUUAUUGCCUAUAGUAGCUCUGUGGUACUACUGUUUGCAUAAUGAUUUAUAGCAGGCAUUUUACCAGCAGUGAGUACGAGUUUGCUGUGCAUUGCAGCAUGCUUGAGUCAGAGUUGAUCGUCAUGCUUUUGUGUGAAAGUUCUGUGGGAAGUUCUUUUCUCCCAUUCAUUGGUCUGCACUUUCCUUGCCCUGUCACGCAGCUUUAUAUUUCCUUGUACAGUUGUCACUAAAUAAAAUGAAGAAGA